CAAGAGCAGAGGUAAAAUAAAAUGCACAUCUGCAUGGGUUUCUCUCUUGUGUUUUUUCCUGCUGUUGAAAAGAGAAGAGAAUUUACUCCUCCUGGAUCAACCUUCAUCUUUUUCUAGGGUGAAGAAACUGCUUUAGCUGAUCGAAAAACACUUUGCUGGUUGACAAAGGAUGCUGUCCUUCCAGCUGGUUUGGAUCCUUGCUAUAACAGCUGCUUUACUGGUAGAAGCUCAUGGGCAGAUAAAUUAUCCAGGUCCCCAAGGAUCUAAUGGGGGAAUUGGAUCUCCUGGCCCUGCAGGACCACCAGGCACCCCAGGCACCCCAGGACCACCUGGUCCACCAGGACCCCAAGGACCACCUGGACCAAGCGGACCUUCUGGCGUUCGAGGAGCAAGGGGUGACAGCGGUCCUCCUGGUCAACAAGGACCCCAAGGACCACCUGGACCAAACGGAUUUCCUGGCUUUCCAGGAGCAAGGGGUGACAGUGGUCCUCCCGGUCUACAAGGACCCCAAGGACCACCUGGACCAAGCGGACCUCCUGGCUUUCCAGGAGCAAGGGGUGCCAGCGGUCCCCCUGGUCCACCAGGUCUGCCUGCCAGUCAAGAUGACGUCAAAGAACUCCAACGUAGAAUCGGCCAAAUAGAAAGAGCUUUGACCUUGGAAGAAAAGAUGGCAAUUGCUGGGGAUAAGCUGUUUGCCUCUACUGGAAAGACAUCUGUCUUUGAGACAGCAGACUUGACUUGCAAAAAAGCCCAGGGCGCCAUUGCUGCACCAAGAAACCUGAAAGAGAACAACGCUAUUCAGGAGAUUGUGCAAUUUUACAACAGUUAUGCCUAUCUGGGUAUUAUUGAAAGUGAUGUGCCAGGGAAAUUCCAUUUCCAGAAUGGGGAACCUUUGAAUUUUACCAACUGGUACAAGAAUGAACCUUCCGGUCCAGGAACUGAAAAAUGUGUGGAAAUGUACAGCGAUGGCACUUGGAAUGACAAAAUGUGCAACAAUUACCGCCUUGUGGUCUGUCAGUUUUAAAACCCAACCCCAAGGCAACCAUUGAAUGUUCCUUAAAACAUAACUUGAUGUGAUUUUUCUGUCAAAAAAAAAAUCAAUAGAAUUCCUUGCAUUUUC